CCGAAAAUGUAGUUGGAUACUACCCAAGCUGGCCAAACAUCUCAUAUUUGUACUUUGACCUAACAAAUUACCUCUGUCAGCGACUCAGUAUGUAGUCACUGGCCUGAGCUAUGAAACCAGUAUAAGUAGUACACAAGGAAGUGAAGCAACCUGAAUCAUCAAAAAUCACUUCCCAAACGCCCCGCCAUUGAAAGCAACUCCAAGACAAGCCCUCCCGGGAAAAAAAAAAUGAAGGUCAGAAUCGUUUCCAGGGAGCUAGUGAAGCCAUCUUCCCUUGAAAUCAUACAAACAAAAUCUCCACACAAGCUCUGCCUCUUCGACCAGCUCACUCCCUUGACCUAUUUCCCCCCCAUUCUCUUCUACGCGAAUCCUGACCACAACAAUCCCAAUCUCGCUGCCUCCGCCGAUUCCUUCAUCCACCGUCUGAAGCGCUCCCUGGCGGAGACUCUCAACAUUUACUACCCUUUCUCCGGCCGGACCGACUCCGGCAACAUGUUCAUCGACAGCUUCAAUGCCGGUCUACCUUUCACUCUAGCAAGAGUAGUCGAUUGCCGCCUGGCCCAGUUCCUGAAACGCAACGAAACAGAGCUUCUGAACCUCUUCCUCUCUCGACAGCCCUUUCAGAAGGAUCUUUCCGACGUGGGCUCCCCUGUUUUGGAGCUUCAAGUCUCUGUUUUCACCUGCGGCGGAAUCGCCUUAGCCUGGGCUGCGUCGCACAAGUUGGUCGACGGCUCCACCAUGAAAUCCUUCCUCGGUACAUUCACUGCCCUUCUCCGUGGCCAACCAAAUGACAUAAUUUCCCCUGAUUUCGCCCAGGCAUCGAAGCUCUUCCCGCCGAGGGACCCUUCCCCUGAAAAUUACCUCAAUCUGAUGGAAACCCUCUGGUUCACUGAAGAAAAUUACGUAACCAGGAGAUUCGUGUUCGAUUCCAAGGCGAUCGCUAAGCUGCAAGCCAUGGCCGCCGGAGGCGGAAGGGGAAAACAGGGGAAAUCACUUAUCAGGCUGUCGAGAGUGGAGGCACUGUCCUGUUUCAUCUGGAAAUGCUGUAUGGCGGCGUCGAAGGCGGUUUCUUCCGCAUCCAAGACUUCCAUUCUAGUGGAGGCGGUGAAUCUCCGGAAGUUUGCCAACCCUCCGAUGCCGGACGCGGCGGUUGCGAACGCGUUCUGGUGGGCAACGGCGGCGGCCGACCCUUACGACGAGUCCAACACGGAGAUGUCGGAGCUGGGGAAUCUGCUGAGUGAAGCGAUCGCGCUGUACAAGAACGAUUACGUGGAGUCGCUCCAGGGAGAAGACGGGUUCGAGGUGAUGUCGGGUUUCUUCGAGCAGUUGGAAGCGAUGUUUGAAGCGGAGAAGCCGGAUAUAUUCGCGUUUACGAGCUGGUGCGGGUUCGGGUUCACGGGUCAGGAUUUCGGGUGGGGGAAACCGGUUUGGGUGACGGUGAUGGGGAAAGUGGGCCGGGCUUUCCGGAACCUGACGGUGUUUGUGGACUCGACGGACGGGAGAGGAAGCAUUGAGGCAUGGAUCACUUUGGACCAGAAGCGGAUGGCUGUACUUGAGCGUGAUUCUAGCUUCCUUGGGUUUGCUUGCCCUAAUCCUAGGAUUUCUAGCCUUUGAAUGAAUGAAUGGUUAGAUCUCUUUGUUAUCGGUUUCCUUUUAAACUUUUAUGUUUGGAUUCAAUCAAGUUCUUUCUUGUUGUUCGUCUACUUAUUAUUCGUAGUUCUUUCUAAGGUUGAUUGUCUCUUCGGGACAUAUAAGAAAAUUACUCGAGUUAAUCCAAAUGAGAAGUACUUGAUAUAUGUCAUUGUAUCCAUGAAUACAAGAUUAAUUUUAUG